GGGAAAGGAGCGUGGGGUGGGGGGGAGAUCGCUACAGUUGGCGUUUCUUUGCUUCUGGUUCGCCAGAGCUUUGCUCGUUGGUCACCCCGGGCUCAAAGGCGCCGCGAUGUCCUCCGUGCAGGUUCUUUACCCUCCCAAGAUUCAUCACAGCAUGCUUAACGCGGGAUGCCUCAAAGAUGAUCCGACUCAGGGGAAGGUGGCCUUGGAGACGCGCUACCGCCUGGGAGCGCUGAUCGGGAGCGGCGGCUUCGGCACCGUCUACGCGGGGACGCGGCUCAGCGACUCCCUCCCGGUGGCUGUUAAACAUGUUGCCAAGGACCGAAUCUUGCAGUUCCACCAUAUGAAUGGCACCCUCAUCCCUAUGGAAGUCCAUCUGCUGAAGAAAGUUUCGUCCCCAGGUUGCCGAGGUGUCGUCCGUCUUCUGGAUUGGUUUGAGCAGCCUGACUCGUACUUCAUUGUUAUGGAGCGACCGCUUGUUUCUCAGGACCUGUUUGACGUUAUCACAGACCAGGGGCCACUCCCAGAAAACGUGGCUGCUGGUUACUUUCAGCAAGUGGUGGAGGCAGUGCGCCAUUGCCAUCUGUGUGGUGUGUUGCAUCGAGACAUAAAAGACGAAAACAUCUUAGUAGACCUUCUGCAUGGUGACUUAAAGCUCAUAGACUUUGGCUCAGGUGCAUUGUUGCGGGAUACUCUAUACACAGAUUUUGAUGGCACCCGGGUUUACAGCCCCCCUGAGUGGAUAAAAUAUCACCACUAUCAUGGUGUGUCUGCCACAGUGUGGUCCCUGGGUGUGCUGCUAUAUGACAUGGUAUGUGGGGACAUCCCUUUUGAACGUGAUGAGGAGAUCCUGCUUGGAAAACUCCAUUAUCACUGUAGGAUAACCUCAGAUUGCCGCCACUUGAUUGAAUGGUGCCUCUCGUUAAUACCAGAGAAGCGACCUUCCUUGGAGCAGAUCCUGGCUCACCCAUGGAUCCUCACGUUCUUGGAGCCGAGCGGACGCAAAGUGCAGCAGCCCAUCACCCACAAAGGUGGUACUAGCCUGCGGACAGAAUAGGGGCAGCCUGUCAUACAAGGAGCAAAGGAUGUCAUGGCUUCAAAGGACUGAUCUAAUCACUGUUUCUUAUUCCUGCUGAUUAGCUGAGCGGGAAAUUGCCAACGGGGGGGCAAUUUCUGAAAUCCUAAUGGUGUGGCACUAAUCCUGCCCAACUGACUAGACAAUGGGGCUGCCACGUGGCCCCUAGACAAGACAACAGAGACCAAGGGGUAAUGUUUUGUUUACACAAGGACUCUGCCUGGCCCUGCGUGCUGGGAAAGGGGCAGAGACUGGCACCAGGCAAGCAGUUUAUAUGAUUUGUACAACUCAGGACCCCAACCUCCUUGGGGCAGCAGGAUCAACUUCAUUUUUAUGUAACGUGGAUAUAUAUGCUUAUGUCUCUGCAGGUGGCAGCUUAUUUAUUUAGCAUAAUAUUCCAUUGGGGGGGGGGGGCUCUUUUUUAUGCUGAUGCUAAGCGUUUACCUGCUAUUAUUUUGAGUGUAAAAAAAAAAAAAAUUUCUCUAGUGCAGCCCAAAACUGACUCAAAAGCCUCUCCCCACUUUAGCUCCAUAUAUCCAUUCCUGUUCAGCCAUUCCAAGUCUGAAACCAAGUUGACUUCUCCACGAUUGCUCUAAUUUAUAUGGGGAACGAAAUGAAAAGUAAAUACCUAAUCUCAUUUAAAAAUGUACAAAAGUUCAUAAAUAAGGGCAAGGUCGAUGUGUGUGUGUUAAUUGAAUCUCUGGAAGAAAAAAAACUGGCUCCAAUCUUUUUACAAGAACCUCAAAUUUUGUUCACAUUCAAGCCAAGCUUUCAUUCCAAAGAAAAUUUACUUUUUCCAAAGAUGCUGGCAGAAUCUUGCAGUUCUAGUGGUUUUAAGAGUCCCGAGUUUCUUGUUUGAAGUUCCUGAUAGGAUUCUUGCCUCUUCUCAUAGAUCUUUCAUCUGAGAGACUUUGGAUAUGAAUGUGAAUGGCCCAGGUUGUUCCUUAUCCCAUCUCUUCAAUUUUAGGCAUCCCGUGUGGUGGCUUGCAAGUACAACUGAGAUGUUGGUUAAUAUAGGGGAAGUCUGGUGCCAUGGGUGUAUUUUUAGCUUUGGCAAAUAUCUUUUCAUCUGUUCAUUUUUCUGGACCUCCCUUCUCCCACCCUUCCCCCUCUUUUGUUUGCCUUAGAAACUGUGGGUUCAAAAGAGGAGGCUUUUGUGUUUACCCUUAUAUUCACAAAUUAGGCCAAAGUACUCUUAAUAUUUGAGUAAGAACUUGUGUUCUGAAAAAGUAGCAGCAAGAGCCUUUUUUUUUAGAAAACUUUGGGUUACAUGGGGUUCUCAGUGAUUCCCCAUCUUUUAAACGGAGGUCAAAGCCUUCUCUUAGCCAAAUUUAUUUCUCUGGUUGUUUUGUGUUCUGGUCUUUCCGCUUAGUAAAAAGAGAAGGACACUACAUCCCCAAGCAGUUAAGACUGACAGUAGAUAUUUGACUUGAAGAUUCAAGUUGAUUUUCACGCAGGGUCAUGUAAAUGGGACUCUGCCAACUUUGGUCAGCUGAAAGGAGUGCUUGUCACAAACUUGCUUGUCCUGAAUGAAGCAGGUGGGAUGAUGAGCCUGCUUGAUACCGUAAUGCUGAGAAUCCAAACUUAACUAAAAACAGGAAUAUUUUGCUCUAGCUCCCCUCUGGGAAGGUAAACAAGACUCUACUUUUUAAUCUGAAUCUUAAAAGACAUCUGGAAAACAGAGAUUUAAGUGCUGAGUGUCUCUGAAGUUCAUAUUGACCUUAAAAUAGUGUCUCCUUUCGAUCUUUUCCUGGCUGGGCUAAAAUAUGAAUUUGUGGUUCCCUGUAUCUCCACGAAGCUGAGCAGUCUUAAAUUUCUGUCUCUUAACACAAAUAUUGUGCCUCUGAAUAACUAAGUGGGUGCUGGAUCAGAUGGAUAUGCAAAAAAAGGGAAAAUCUGCAAAACUGGAGAUCCAAUCUGGGAUAUUACCAGCAACAGUUUCUAAACCUGCUGCCGCUAGCAAUUAUAACUGAAGAAUAUUUAUACGCCGGUUCAGAUUGUUACUUUAUAUUUGUGGACUUGUGUGUUUUGUUACUACUGCCUCUCAUGUACAUUUAUGCAACCACAUAACACAGUGCCUCGCCCUUUUGGGCCCCAGGAUCUACAAAGC